UUAGAGUACAGUGGACCCUCUUGCAGCUCUCGCAGGAGGAAUAGCUAUGACAGCAGCUACUACACAGAAUCACCAAAUGAUCCAAAACAUGGAAAGAGUUCAGUUGUCUCCAGCCUGGACUGUCUAUCAAGCAUUGUGGAGAGGAUUUCCACAGAUAAUUCCACCUGCCCAGUGCUGCCCACAGUGGAAGGUGGAGCUGAAGGCAACCCCUGCUCACCCCAAGAAGGAGCUACCUUGAGUGAGAGCGGAGCCCAAAUCCCCUCUCCUACCAACUGCACCCAGAUUCCCCAGGACACCAACAGCAGCAACCCCAUCUACCAAGUAUUAUAAAGUCAGGUCCAGCUGCACUGCUGUGCAAACAUAAACUGCUUCAUGCUGCAAGCUCCAAGACUUGCCUUGAAAAGACUUAAGUAUUUCUUUUUCCAGUUCUAAAAUCUCUCUCAAAAUUCCUUCAAAUGUUUAAUUUUUCAAGCCUAUAUUACUUCAGAAUACACGCAAUUAUUUAUUGAUUGUUGAACUAAAGCUAUUUUAUAUGUCUAGAGGUAAAAUUGCAUAGCACAAGAUGGCCAAUGUUUAUAAUCUGUGCUUUGGGGCAUGGGAACCUGGCUCUUGAGUUCUGGUAACACUUCUGAAAAGAAAAAAACCAGAUGAACUGCAGGAGUAAUGACAUGAGACUUUCUUAUUGCUAUCCCUAACUCUGCCCAAAAUAAGGUUGUGGACCAUUUUUUUAAUACUUUUUUUGUAUAAUUGUAAAUAAGAGUUGCUUUGCAAAAAAACCCCACCAAACAAAAAUACAAAAAAAGGAAUUAAAUAUUUAAUGUUGCUUGGUUUGUCGUGCCAAACUUUAACUUUAUAUAUUUAUACAAUGUGGUUGCCAAGAAUGUUUUCAACAAUAUUCUAAAUAAAGAACCUUAUUUAUAAAACCA